AAAGAAAGAGAAAAGAAGAAAUCAAAUCUUCUCAGCCUCUCUGGCUUGACUUCGGUGCCAGAAGUGGGUAGAAGAGAGACAGUGUGUGUGUGAGAGAGAGAGAGAGAGAGAGGGAGGGAGGGAGAGAGGGAGAGAAAGAAGGAAGGAAGGGAGAGAAAGGAAGGGAGGAAAGAAAAGAGAAAGGAAGGAACCAAAGGUUUUCAGCCUCCCUGACUUGGCUUGAGUUCCAGAAGUGGGUGGAGGAGAGAGAGAGAGAGAGAGAGAGGAAGGAAGGGAGAGAAAGAAGGAAGGAAGAAAGGAAAGGGAGAGAGAGAGAGGAAGGAAGGGAGAGAAAGAAAGGAAAGAGAAAGGAAGAAACCAAAGCUUCUCAGCCUUCCUGGCUUGGCUUGGGUGCCAGAAGUGGGCAGAGGAGAGACAGAGUGAGAGAGAGGAAGAGUGGAAGGAAGGAAGAGAAAGUAAGGGAGGAAAGAAAAGAAAGGAAAGAGAAAGGAAGAAAUCAAGGCUUCUCAACCUCUCUGGCUUGAUUUCUCAGACUCUCUCGCUUGACUUGGGUAGAGGAGACACACACAGAGAGAAAAAAAAGUGUGUGUGUGUGUGUGAGAGAGAGAGAGAGAGAGAGAGAGAAGAAGGGAGAGAAAAGAAGGGAGAGAAAGAAAAAAAAGGAAAGAGAAAGGAAGAAACCAAAGCUUCUCAGCCUCUCUGGCUUGGCUUGGGUGCCAGAAGUGGGCUGAGGAGAGACAGAGAGAGAGAAAGAGAAAGAAAGAGUGAGAGAGAGGAAGGAAGGGAGGAAAGAAAGGAAAGGGAAAGGAAGACAUCAAAGCUUCUCAGCCUCUCUGGCUUGACUUGGGAAGAGGAGAGACACAGAGAGGGGAAAAGUGUGUGUGUGUGAGAGAGAGAGAGGGAGGGAGGGAGAGAAAAGAAGAGAAAGAAAAAAAAAGGAAAGAGAAAGAAAUCAAAGCUUCUCAGCCUCCCUGGCUUGACUUGGGUGCCAGAAGUGGGCUGAGGAGAGACAGAGAGAGAGUGAGAGAGAGGAACAGUGAAAGGAAGGAAGAGAAAGGAAGGGAGGAAAGAAAGGACAGAGAAAGAGAAAGGAAGAAAUCAAAGCUUCUCAGCCUCCCUGGCUUGACUUGGGUGCCAGAAGUGGGCUGAGGAGAGACAGAGAGAGAAAAAGAAAGCGUGAGAGAGAGAAAGGAGGGAAGAGAAAAGAAAGAGAGAUAGACGAGAGGGAAAGAAGGAAGGGAAGGGAGGAAAGAGAUAGACGGGAAGGGAAGAAGGAAGGAAAGACUCUCUGCCCACUCAUCCAUCCUUUGGCUGACCCUCAUUGAUUCCUAUUGGCUGGAAGGAAGGAAAGGAAGGAGGGAGGGAAGGAAGGAAGGAAGGAAAGAUGCUGGUCUCGCUGGCUCGACGCCCUGCCUGUGGGCGUCCCUCCGGGACUGAAGAGUAAACCGAAGAAGGCAGCGUCGAAGAAGGAGGGCUGCUUGGGCAGCGGCGGAGGGUCCCCAUGGCAGUGCAGGCGGCCCCCUUGGCCCCCCACGGGCACCCCUUCCUGCCCUUCGGCUUCUCGGUCCCUUUGGGGGACUUGGGGGAGCUGGAGAAGGGCUUCGAGGAGGGCGGCGCGGCGCUGCUGCUGGACGGCGGGGCGGGAGGCGGCGAGGCGGGCGACUUCAAGGAGCUGCUCAGCUUCAUCGACUCGGCCUCCAGCAACAUCAAGCUGGCCCUGGACAAGCCCGUCAAAUCCAAGCGGAAAGUCAACCAUCGCAAGUAUUUGCAGAAGCAGAUCAAGCGUUGCAAUGGCAUCAUCGGCGCUGCUGCUGCUGCGACUCCGGAAUCCUCUCCAAAUCCUAGUUUUGCCAGCAGCCAUCCGCACCAGCAACUUAACGCGCAUAAAAGGACUAGCGCCUCUUUGUCGCCACCUAGCGGCGGAGGCACGCAUUGCAAGCCACCUCAGCAGCCUCCCAAUGCUCACAAAAGGACUCCUGCUUCUUUGUCGCCUUCCAGCGUUGGCACAGCGCAUUGCAAGCAGCUGAAAAGGACUAGCGCCUCUCUGUCGCCGUCCAGUGGUGGGGCGGUGCAUUGCAAGCCUCCGCAACCAUCCAAACGAGAUGCCGCCACCGCAACUCUGGUGCAGAGCCAAAGCUUGGCAGCGCUCUUCGACUCCUUGCAACCGCCCAACGUCGGACUCUCCUCGAUCCAACCCGAAGGCGUCCUGCACGUCGGGGGAAAGAAAGUCCCUCUCCGGCACCGCAACCUCCCUCCUUCGUUCUUCACCGAGCCGAGUCACUCUGGGUUGAAAGAGCCCGGCCCUGAGGAGCUUUUCGACCUCCUGGAGUAUGGCAGCCUCAUUCCGGAUCCGUCGGAGACGUCGGUUUUUGCCCCGAGCCGCCUCCAAACCUCGGAGAUGGCGUUAGAAGGGCCCAGCUUGUACGAAUCGCUGCCUUUGCCUGCCUUGCUCUACUCCACCGAGACACCCUUGCGCCCCUUACCGGCUCUUUACGGUACUGCUGCCCCUUCGGACUCGGCGUCGGGAGAGGUCACAGCGGCCGGGCCACAUUUGCCGUCCGGUGCGGCUUUUGUUCCCUUCUUUCCCGAUUGCCCCCCGCUGCCUGCUGCCUACCAGUAUGCCCCAUCGGGGUACAGCAGAAAUGGGGCAGGGGCCUUGUUCCAGCCCUUAGUGUAGUGGCCAUGACCUGCCUUGGACCGGACUUGCUUGGGUUGCAUUUGAUGAUAAUAGUAACAGCAACACUUUAUUUAUAUUCUGCCCUAUCUCCCCAAGGGGACUCAGGGCAGAUCAUAGAACAUACACACGGAAAACUUUCAAUGCCGUUUUGGACAGGCAAGACAGAGACAGACAGAACAGAAAGGAGGUAUGUUGUGUUGACGUCCAGCUUUUUGGCAUCUUGGAGGUUGUCCUCGAAUCCAGCCACAAGGAGGUGCUGUUGCUCCAUGCUCUAUGAUGAAGGGCCAUCAGGACUUCCUCCUUCCUUUUGGUCGCCGGGCAUUUUCGGAUCUUUUUCUUUAUGGUGUCGUAAAAUACCUUCCCCACUUGUUUUAGCAGUACCUCAUUUCUCUACUUACAGCUCAAGCUGUUUUCAAACUGCUUAGGUAAACAGUGAGCUGGGCUGAUAGUUGGGCACUCAUGCCAACCCGGGGCUUCGCACUGGCAACCUUUCGGCUGGUAGAUCUUAUAAUUGCUGGUGAUUUUAAAGACCAGCCCUCUGGUGGGGCUUUUGUGACCUUCUUUCCUGACUGCUCACCACCAUGAACAGGGCAAGUGCCUUUUUCCAGCACAUAGUUUAGCAACCAUAAAGGAGGGGAAGAAGCUUAUAUACUGAAAAACAAGGCUUGCUGUGUGUUGGGGCCACGAAUCCUGGGAAAUGGGGAUGCUUGGAUUCUGAAAGACAAGAAAUCUUGAGGUGUGUUGGGUCGGUUUUGCUUGUGUUGGGGAGAUUUCUACCUUCCAAAGCAGAGUUUCUCAACCUGGGGUUGGGAUCCCUGGGAGGACCGCAAGGGGGUGUCAGAGGGGUCGCCAAAGACUAUCAGAAAACACAGUAUUUUCUGUCGGUCACUUCUGUGUGGGAAGUUUGGACCAAUUCUGUUGUUUGUGGUGUUCAGAAUGCUCUUUGAUUGUAGGUGAACUAUAAAUCCCAGCAAUUACAACUCCCAAAUGUCAUGGUCUAUUUCCCCCAAACUCCAUUAGUGUUCACUUUGGGGCAUAUUGAGUAUUCAUGCUAAGUUUGGUCCAGAUCCAUUAUUGUUUGACUCCACCAUGCUCUCUGGAUGUAGGUGAACUACAACUCCAAAACUCAAGG